AUGACAUGUCUCGCUCGACUUGGUGCAAGAAUGGGCGUUUAUGCUCUUCCUUCUGUCGUGGGAGCGGCGCCGCCGUGGUUUAUGAACCCGAUACGAAUGCAAGUACGAUUUAAAGUCACGAAGCAACAGGCUUAUGAUAAACCCGCUGACACAAGUCCGUUCACACGGCGGUUCUCGGACAAACCUCAUAUAGGGAUGAAAGCGCUGAGUUCGGAGUAUGUGGAGGCUAGCAGAAUCAUUGUAAAGCAGAGACAUUAUAUUUCGAAAAAUCCGGGCUCAACACGAAAGAGGAAUUUCAAGUUCUAUCCGGGUGAGAAUGUUGUGGUGACGAAAACAACUUCUUUGAAAGCUGCAGUCAGCGGGCGAGUGAAGUAUACCUAUGAUCCGGAAAAGGAACGAUUGUGA